GACCUGUCACACUAUUGAAGACCCAUUAGGCCUGCUGUCAAAGAGAGAGAGAAAACAUUUCAGGAAUUUGUGGAGGAACAGCUGAAAGUUGAUGAAUAUGCACAGCAAAACAACAAGCAGGACAGCAGGGAGGCCAGGAGAGUCACAGAGAGAAGAUACUUCCUGAAGAAAGGGAAGGGCGUGUCCAGGAUAGAGAGGGGUAAGGACAGUGUGCAGCAGAAGACCUGGCGCAGGGCCUCCCUCUCACUCAGCCAGCAGCCCAGGAAGGUGAGUUAUGGCAGCCAGCAGAGACGCUCAUCAGCCCCCUCCCUACAGCUCAGUGACAGGACCAGACUCAGGGUCAAGCCUUUACUGAUCUCCCAGAGGAGCUGCCCUGCUCUUUCUGAGUCCUGGGAAAAGACAACAGGACCUGCCACACGAGAGAGAGACAACAGAGUUAAUCAAACGGCCAGACAGGAGAGGACACCAAAGCCCACAGAAAAUACUCAAAGCAAGGCCACUGAAAACACUGCAUCUAGUGUUGAUACUAGAGACAGGAGAGAUCUGUUGGGCGUUACAACAUCCCAUAAACGGCUUGUGAGAUCGCCGAGUUUGACCUCCGUGGAGCUAAGUGAUGAGGUGGUGUCACAGAAUCAUGUGUAUGCUGCUAUGAGGGACCUUGUCCAUAAACAACUUGAGGUGAAGGAGCCACAUUUGGCAUUGCAGCCUUUUGAUAGUACUGCACAACCAAACAACAUGGGCCAACCUAAGGUCAAAGCUCAGGCAGUAAAUGUUGGCUUCAAGACAGUCAACGACCACAUAGUUAGAGUCACUGACAAUGGGCCGGUCUCAUCAGAGACUGCGGACGGGAAAAAUGUCACACACUCCAAUUUCACCAAUAUUUCAAAAUCUCAAAGCGGGUCUACAGCAGUGAUGUCUCUCCUAUCUCUGAGUAGUUCUAACAGUGACGAGGACAACCCUAACUCUCAGUGCCACCAGCAGCCCACCCUCCCGUCUCCCCCACGGCUCGGACACAAGGACCAGAACCUGGACCUGUCCGAUGGGGACUACGCCAGCGAUGCCCCCAGCGAGGCUGGGGAUAGCCUGCCCUCCAGACCUUUUCCCACCCAUGGACCCACUCUCCACCACCACCACCACCCAUCUAGCUCCUGCUCCAGCAGUGACAGUGAAACAGAGCUCCGGGACAUAAACUGGCACAAGACAGAACCACGUCCAUUAUACCCACAGUCUGCAAGGAAAACAAGCACAGAGAGAGCCCUGCCACUGGGGAGCAGCAGCAGCAGGGGAACAGACAUAAAGGCAAAACGUCCCUCCUCUGCAGAGCUCAAACCCAGCAUGGUCCCUAAAGUAACACCUAGAACUAAAGAGACCGUAAAGAGCAGACAUCACCAGGGGUUCAAGCUGGCAAAUCAGACCGUGUCAAAGCCACACAGCGGAAUAAAAGCAGAAGAGAAUCGUGAUUUGUUGGACAAGAUGAAAACGGAACAAGAGAGAGCAAUGGAACUCCUCAGAAAGAGAAUGGACCAAAUAGAGUGCUGUGACAGAGAUGGCCACCACAGCAGUUAUGGAUCCCCAUUCACCCAUACAGAAGGCCAGGUGUUGAAGAAUCAACCGUUUUCUGCUAAACUAGACGUUGGUGAUGGUCAGGUAAAGUCAUUAUGUGACUGAUCUUAAUAGACCUUAGUAAAACAAAUGUGUCCAUCAGAAUCUCAUAAAGCCUUGAGGCCUAAAACAACCUACCGUAUGUGGUAUCGAUAUAACGUCAUUUGUGAGUGAGUAAUGAAUGUCCGUGAGGUGCACAUAAGUCGUGGAGCGUCAUAGGAGUCAGGUGCAUUCUGUCUCAGCGCCUAUCAGUUUCCUACUGACCAACAUUAACAUGGAACGGAGCGAUGCAUUUCCUGUCUCAUAAGGUGUGAAUAAGUCAGUGUUACCUUUUUAUGACAGAAUCAAACGCAUCCCCUUUGCUUGUCCUGACCUGAUGAUACCGUUGAAGGAUCUUAAUUUGAUCACUCUUUCGUUGCUGUGAAUUUUCCUGCGCCGCGGGAAAUGCAGAUGAGCUUCGUGAUUUCCAUAAAUUCACUGAAAACCCGCUCCAACGCGGGUUAUAUUGACAGUAUUGCACUUUCAUGUAGCCUACUUUUGUCCAGCUAAUAGCCUAACUACCGAUCAAGCAACAUUAUGGACUAAACAUACAAAAAAAAUGUAGGAUUAUUUUUGCUACAACAAUACUGGUCAAAUUAAGAUCCCACAUCUGUAACAGUUUAUAACGUACAGCUUUAUAAACAAACACCCAACAAACACCCAACAUCCAAACUGUGAACAUGAGUCCAAUAUCCACCACAUUGGUUGGUUUGUCUCACUCUCAUCCAGGGUGUGUGUGUGUUCAUGCGUGGGUGUCUUCAUGUCUGUGUGUGUCCGUGUGUGCGUGCCUGCGUGUGAACUCAGGAUCUCAGGCAGCAGAUUCUAGCUCUUCAGGAGCAGUUCUCUAGUCGGGAGUCCCACUGGUCCCAGGCUCAUCAUCUGCUGCAGAACCAGGUGGAAGCCCUGACCAGAGAGAAUGUGGAGCUGCGUGACAAGCUCAGUGCUCCUGAACACAGCCACCAAGUGGCAGGGAGUAGUCCUGACACAGCCACUGCAUCUCACAUAGGGGCAGAGAGCGCUGUGUCUGAGGAUAUUCAUAGAGCUACUAGUCAGAGGAUAAGGGAGAGGAGAUCUUCAAGUUGUUCCAGUCACAGUGGAAACCCAGCCAGAAGGUCAACAGUUGGCAGUUUUCCAGCUGCAAAGUCCAAGAUUCCUGAUCAAAGAAAAUUGUCACAUAUGGUUUCUGAACCAGCUCCUUCAGUCGUCCACAGCAGAAGUGCUACUCCUGCAUUCAACAAACCACCUGUCCAGAAGAGUGCAGCUUACAGUAAAAUGGACACACCUUAUCACAACUAUCCUACCAAUGCUCAAAGCACAAGGGAUUGGGGACCUGCCUCCUUAAGCCUUUCAUCAAAUUCAGUCAGUUUUGAGGACACCCAUCACACAAAUGACUGUCUCUUAAAGCAGCGUGAGAGCAACAGAGAUCAGGGUUUGGGUCGGUCAGUGGAAAAGGAGACGGAGGCGAAAGGUCGACAGAGCAGGAGCGCCACACCAUCGGUCAGCAAAUACUCCAGCUCAGAGUCAGAACACAGGGAACCACGUUUGAAUCCAGGAGCGAUGAGUGGUAACUCCACCCACACAACACACAAGGGCAUAAACAAUGACGUGUGUGAAGAAAUACACUAUCCAGAUGGUAAGAUAGAACAACUUUUCACCAAUGGCUGGCGUGUAUUUACAUUCCGCAAUGGAACUAGAAAAGAGAUCACUGCUGACCAGAAGUCCGUAACUGUCACAUUCUUCAACGGAGAUGUCAAACACAUACUGGCAGAUGGGAAAGUGGUGUACUACUAUGCUGAUGCACAGACAACUCACACCACAUACCCAACUGGUUUGGAGGUCCUGCAGUUUCCAAACAAGCAGAUGGAGAAACACCACCCUGAUGGAAGGAGGGAGAUCGUUUUCCCAGAUCAGACGAUAAAGUACCUCUAUCCUGACGGCAGAGAGGAGAGCAUCUUCCCAGAUGGAACAGUGGUCAAGCUCUCAGAAAGUGGGGAGAAAACAGUGGAGUUCAACAAUGGCCAAAGAGAGAUCCAUACGUCCCAGUACAAGCGGAGGGAAUACCCUGAUGGAACAUUGAAGACGGUGUAUUCUAAUGGAAGGCAAGAGACCAAGUUCCCCUCGGGCAGAGUACGCAUUAAAGACAAGGAUGGCAUUAUCAUAAUAGACAAGAAAUGAAGAACAUAUGUUUUAUGUUUUUCAAGCUUUCAUACCAAAUUAGCAAAGCUCCAUUGUGUUUGACUGUAGCUAUUUUCCUGUGGCAUAUUUGAUCAUUUUCUAAGUGCUUGAGUGUAAACAGACAUUUUUAAAUUGUGUAUGUUUAUUAUUCAUAAAUCAUUGUACACUAAAUGAGUAAUACUAAUCAAUACAAUUUGUGUUGAGACUAUUUUGUAGAGAUCUUUGAAUGUCUAUACUGCUCUCUUGAAGGAAUAUAUUUCUUAUUUUUGCAUGGCAAUGUCAUAACCUUCUUGACCUCUUCAUUUGUGUCAGCAGGAUUCUUAUGUUGCACAGAAUUACAGAUUAUUCAUGAGGUCCCCACAUAUCCCUUGCCUCUCAAACAACAAGACUGACAUGUAGGGUAGGGCAUGUAACUUAUUGACACGUAACUUACUGACCUGGGCCCGGUUUCCUGCUGAGGAGUAUUUCUGUCUGUAAUAAAGCCCUUUUGUGGGGAAAAACUCAUUCUGAUUGGCGACUGGCUCUUCAGUGGGUGGAACCCCUGUCCAGGCAUGUGAAAUCCAUAGAUUAGGGCCUAAUGAAUUUAUUUAAACUGACUGAUUUCCUUAUAUGUAUGUAACUCAGUAAAAUCUUUGAAAUUGUUGCAUGAUGCUUUUCUAUUUUUGUUCAGUAUAGAUAUAAAAUAGGUUAUUUUGAAAUUGUGGACAAAUGAGUUGCUUUUCCAUAUAAUGUGUGUUUGUACUCUAUACUUUCGUGUUUUCACACAUUAAUAUUUAGACUGUGCUAAUAAUAAAUGAUUCCAAA